AGAAUCUCAAGUAAUGAAUCAUGAUUGACUAAUCAACUAAUGACAAAAUCUUAGAAUUUACGAAUCAGAAUUAUUAUUUUCUCGUUCAUCACUAGUUCCACUAUUAUUAACAUUAAUAGUAUAAAUUCAAAUAAUAAAAUCAAACAACUAAAACCAUGAGUAAAACGGCGUCUUAUUCGGAUGAACAUCUGUCUGAAAUGCAGGAAGCAUUUCAAUUAUUUGAUAUUCGAGGCGAUAACAAAAUACAUAUAUCACAAAUUGGCAAUGCUCUACGAGCAUUAGGUCAAAACCCAACUGAAUCUGAUGUCAAUAAAUUUACUCAACAACACAAAGCAGAUGAAAGGAUAACAUUUGAAGUAUUUCUACCGAUUUAUCAAGCAAUUUCAAAAAAUCGAUCAUCUAAUACUGCUGAAGAUUUCAACGAAGGAUUACGCCAUUUUGAUAAAGAUGGUAAUGGAUAUAUAUCAUCUGCAGAACUUCGGCAUCUUCUCACGAGUCUAGGUGAAAAAUUGACAGACGAUGAAGUUGAACAAUUAUUGGCCGGACAAGAAGAUUCUCAAGGAAAUGUUCUCUAUGAGGAAUUUAUUAACAUGGUUAUGUCAGGUUAAUAUAUUGUAUUAUUAAAUAAUUGGAAAAAUUCCAAUAUAUUUUACUAUUUUACCAGUAUUUAAACAUUAACAUUCAUUUAUAUACUUUGAAAAAUUUAUACAUUUAUUAAUACCUAUACUUUUUUUAUAAUUCCAACUUUAACAUUGCUAUUGUUUGUAAGUUAAAUAAUUAUUUUGUUAUCUUACACAUUCCAUAAAAACAAUAUUUUUUCCAAUCCAAUGAACUAAUAUAUUUAUUGGUCAAAUUGGAAUAUUAAUAUAUUUUUUAUUUAUUGUUUUUAUUUUUAUGAAAUUAUUUUUUAUUGUGUAUGUUUACUAAUCAAAAUAAAUAUUAAUCAUGAAUUUGAAAUGACUUGUUAUUCAUUAAUCAAGAAUUAAUUAAAAUAGAUUUAAUUCUGUUUAUAAUAAAAUAUCAUAAAUAUUAAUUACAUUUAUAUAAAGUACCAAUUCGAGAAAUUUUUGCAAAAACAGUUAUAAAAUAUUAGGCCCAAACAUAUAUUUAAAAAUAUGUUAUAUACAAGUUUUGUGAUUUACUGCAUUUGAAUAUUCUUUAAUUGUUGCUGUAGUAUAUUGUUCAAAGAAAAAUAAUAAACUUAGUAACAAAACUUUA